AUGAAAAUUGUACAAAAGAAGAAGACAAUCCUUAACUGGCCUCUGUUCGAGGUAGAUCCCCUUGACAAAUGGGUGUCUGACUCCGGAAAAUUCAUCUUGAUUGGCGAUGCAUCUCAUGCUAUGGUGCCUUACCUUUCUAUGGGUGUCUCAAUGGCGGUAGAGGAUGCCGCUGCGUUAUCCAAAGCACUAUCCUACGCAACGGACAAGCACGAUCUGAAGCCAUCUCUCCGACUAGUGGAGCAAAUUCGCAUCAACCGCACCAGACAGGUCCAGAAGGCGAGCCUUGCCAACGGGCAGGUCCUCCAUAUCUGUGAUGGCCCGGAGCAACAGGCCAGAGACGCAGAGCUACGCCCUUCUGUGGAGGGGAAGCCACUGGACCGAAGCCCCUACGGUAUUAACGAUCGGGCCACCCAAGCGUGGUGUUAUGGAUGCGAUGUGGAGCGAGACAUCGAAGAGGCCUGGGUCAGCGCCGGCGGAGUCUGGUAA